CUGAAUGGAGAGUCUUGGUGGUUUGAAGAAUCACCUCUCGUCAGUCGAUUCGUGAUGUAAUCGUUAGCGCAACCUGAAAUUUCUACGUUCUUGGAGAGGGAGAGAGAGACGUCGCAGUCGCACUAAACUGCCUCCUCACUACUCGUGGUGGUGGUGUUGUUGCCGUUCGGACCCGGACUUCGACUUUGGUAAAUUGAAAUAAAAACGUAGGAGCUACUGCAUCCGCUAGCAGAAAGAAAAAGAUGGAUAUGGAUAUGGAUUUCAACAAUGUAUGCCUAGAAACAGAGAAUUGAACAAACAGGAAGAUGUCGUGCAUUUUUCAGUUCGGCAGACCUGCACGGAGCAGCCGUGUCGCUCUGAGAGUGUCCAGAACGAUCUCCAAGUCGCUCCGCUUGCUGCUGCUUCUGAAAUCAACCGCGAUUCUACCUGUCGACCACGUGCAAGCGUACACGGGACGGUACCUGCGCAGAGAGAGAAACGGAGUAACAAGUUCCAAGAAACAGCAAUACGAAACGGAGAAUGUAGGUGAUCAGGAGGAAGACACGACUUCGGCCAUCGCAGACCAGGAAGAAAUCGAGCCGAUGCUAUUUCUGGAGCACCCAACCCCAAUGCCGCCACGGCACGACCAGCUGGACGAUUCUGUUAUACAGGUCAGAGCAGGUGGAGGAGCGCCAGGACAAAAUAUCGAUGAAAUUGCGCUGUCGCGACCUCCGUCGAAGAGGAGUAAAACCCGGCACCAUUUGGUGAGGCGCUUAAUGCGACCAAGAUCCCCUACUUCCGCAGUGGCAGCACCUGCCACCACCCAGGGGGUUGCUCCUGCUUCGUGGUGGAAUUGGUUUUACGGGCCAAGAACUACUACCGAGGUGGUCGACGAAGCAGAUCGUCCUUAUGAUGUGGUUGAGGAAGAAGUUCUCGACGAACCCAGCCCCGUGGCUGCUUCUGAAGUUGUUGUACAACAAGAAUAUGAAGCUGCUCCGUCCUACAACGACCAGGAAGUUUACCUCGACGAGAUGGAAGAUGUCGGCGCUCCUUCUUACACAGCCUCCCGCACGCCGCGUCCACGCUACAUCGUGCGGCGCAGUCAGCCGCAUAAAAGCCUCGCUGUCAUCAGAAGAGUCAUUGUGCCGCGGCGGACUUCUUCUACGACGAGGGAUCGCCCGCGUGUGGGCGAGGAAGAAAUUCUCGUCGACGGUGAUGGUUCUUACACUGAUGGACAAGCUGAAGAAGCUGGCGAUCGCAGCCCACGACGACCGGCGCAUCAGGAACAAGUACCAGACCUGCACAAUUCGUAUUCCGCGGCUCGAAGCGACGGGGGCCACGACAAUGAUGUUUUCACCCAGCGAUCUUCUCAACAAGUUGCAAGGCACCUCUCGUCCGCAGGAGGACAACACCCGAACCCAACAUCAGCAUCUGGGUCUUCUUUUAUCGAACAAACGCAGCGUGGAGACGAAGAAGGGAAGAAGGAACAAGGGUCUUCUACCGGGUCCGCUAGCGAAAACAAGGAAGUCCAAGCUUUCACGCGGGACAUCCGGCACCAGUUGCUCGCCUGCCGCACGCUCGCGGACAAUACCCUGAAGAAGCAGCGCACCCAACUCGCCGCCCUCAGCCCGCAGCCGCUGAGCGAGGAUCAAGACACGGAGCGCGCGGCGAAGCGGCUCGAGCUUGAAAACACGAUUCUGGAUCGCGCGAAGCAGAUCAACGCCGACACCGCCAGUAUGUUGACCGUGGACCCGAAAUCCUUCCGCAUCAAAGCCAUCGACAGCAGUAAAGCCAUCGACAGUGUGGGGCUGGACGUUGACGGCAGUGCAAGUAGUACUCCUCUGCGGGAGGCGACGCAGAAUGAACGAAAGUUAUAUGACCAGGCUCGCGAGCAGAUUACCUCGGAACAGCGAGAGCAGAUGAAGAAGCACCAGGACGACGACCGGGAAGCGAUGUUGAACUGUUUGCAGGUCGGCUCAACAAAGUUGGAAGGUGGACGGGCAAGGGCAGAAGCAGAGACGGACGCUUCAAAGGUAAAUUUAAGUCAACAGGGAUACUGAUGUCGAUUCUGGAAAUGCUUUCACUCUUCAAACAAGCAGGGCGGGUUGGCAGCCAAGUACAUCUUUGUACUUCUACUUUUAUCCCUCAGAAUGCUUUUGUAACUGUGACUGCAAUUGUUUCAAUUUCCGUUCCCACACAGAAAACUUCCUACCUUGAAGCGGUGCGAGAAUUGGAAAACACGUGGAAGCUGUUGCACGCCCGCGACCAGGCGUUGCUGGCGAGUCAGCAGCUCGGCAAUUUACGAUCCAAGGCCCAAGACGCGGGGGAGCCGGAGCGAUUUGUCGCCAAAAGAAGCUGGGAAGAGAGCGGGAAGAUAAGGGAUUCGUUUGAGAAUUUUUACGAAAAAAUCAAGCCAUUCACCACCGCUGUGACGGGCGUGGUGAAGAACCAACGGGACUUGCAGCACAACUUGGGCCGGUUCUCGCGCAACCUGCACGCGUCCGAACUCUCCCGCGACAUGGAGGAAGAGCACUGGAAGCGGUUGCGCGACGCCCAGGAGGUGGAUGCGUUCUACAAAAUCGGGGACAUCAGUCUCACCGGUCAGUACCAGCCACCCAAAGACCUGCCGAAAGACUACAAUCCCAACCAGAGACAAAUGUACGUGCAAGAUUUCAAAGCGAGCAAAUGAAGAAAGAGCUACUUGCAGAGAAUGUCAAAAAUGUAUCGAUUUCUUGUUUCUUGUUUUGGUGCUUGUACGGCCGUCGUGCGAUUCAAAUGAACUUUGCCUGUGCGACGAGCUUGUUGUGUCCAAAAUCAAAGUGAAAACGUGAAUGGGACCGGCUGCGG